AUGGCUAAUUCAGCCAUCAGCUCGAUCCUGAAGAAAGUGGACGAGGUGCUCUCGCAGGAAAUCAACUUGCUAGGUCAUGUCAGGCCGGAAUUCGAAUCCCUGCAAGGAGUACUCAGGAUCAUAAACGCAUCCCUGGCAGAUUUCGACCGGAACAGAGCUCAAGUUCCAGCUCAGGUGGAGGAACUGGUCCAGCAGCUGAGAGAAGCGGCCCUUGAAGCUGGGGACAUCAUCGACGAUUUCUAUCUCAUGAUCGACCAGAAGAAGCUCAGCGGCAUCAGAGGCUCCCUGAUGAGCUUCCUCAUCUGUGUGAGCGAAAGCUCUGCUCGUCACGAGCUGGGUACCCGCAUUAAAGAUUCCAAGAGGAGGAUCGACGAGAUUCACAAAAAUAUGGGGACCUAAAACAUAAAACUCAAACCAGUAGAUGAAUCCCCUUCCUCCUCCUCUGUAGCGCGAUGUACUUCUGAGCUGGAUAAGGCUGCUCUAUCCCAGGGCCUGAGUGUCGUGGGAUUUGCAGAGGCCGAGCGAUCCAUGAGGGAGCAGCUGUUGAAUUGGAAAGGCAAGCUCGCAGUCAUAUCCCUGGUGGGAAUAGGAGGAAUAGGGAAGACCACAAUCUCCAAGGUCUACAACCACGAUGCAGUUGAUGGCCAUUUUGGUUACAGAGCUUGGGUCAACGUUAGCCAGAAAUUCACACCAACUGUAGCUGCUGCAGAACACUCUGAGAAGCAUCCUAGACUGCAUCCCGGGAACGAGGAGAGAGAAGGAGGUGAUCAGGAGCUUGACAGACAUGCGGCUGGUGGAGAAGCUCAAAGCCCGCCUGAAGAAGGUGAGGUACCUUGUGAUCAUCGACGAUAUCUGGGAGAAGGAGGCCUGGGAUCUCAUAAAUUCCGCCCUGCCGCCCUCCCCAGGGAGCAGAGUGAUGCUCACCACCCGCAUAGAUGCUGUCGCCAAGGUAUGCCCAGAGAGAAAUCCACAGGCUUCCCUUUCUGCGCGAGGAGGAGAGCUGGGAGCUGUUCUGCGCGAAGGUGUUUCCCGGCGGCGAGGGGUACCCCCCGGAGCUGGAGGAGGUGGGGAAGGAGAUGGUGAGAAGAUGCCGCUGUCUACCCCUGGCUGUCGUCGUUCUCGGCGGUCUGCUGAUCGAGAAGGAGAAUGGAGGUCCUCCGCCGGCGUCUUACCGAGAAACUGAGCGCGGAUAGAAACGAGAUGAUCAAGAACAUACUCGCUUUGAGUUAUGACGAUUUGAGUAACGAUCUGAAGAUAUGCUUCCGCUACAUAGGGCUCUUCCCCGAGGACAUGGAGAUCGACGCCACCAAGCUGGUUCAACUGUGGGUUGCAGAGGGGUUCAUCGUGCAGGCAAGGGGGCUCACCCUGAAAGAAACUGCGGAGCAGCACCUCGAGCAGCUCGCAAACAGGUCCGCUCUUCAGGUAGUGGACAGAGAUCCAUUGGGGCGGGUCGACAAAUGCAGGAUCCACGAUCUUCUCCUCGAUCUCGCGAAGGAUGAAGGAGGGAAGAACCAGUUCGUCGAAGUCCAUGAGGGGCUCACCCCCACGCACGCCGUGAGGUCGCACAGGCUCGCCGUCCACGAGAAUGCGAGCUUCUGCCUCACAAGCUCGAGCUGCCUUGUUUUGAACCUGCGCUCUCUGCUCUGCUUCAACCUGCACGGCCAGGAGCUCAGCGAUUCCUUCGUGAAACUGUGCUCUCUGAAGCUUCUUAGGGUGAUCGUCUCGAUUUCUCCCUGA